UCUGACCUUGUCGGGACUCGGCAGAACCCGAGCUAAUAGGGACUCAAAAGUCAGUACUACUGCCCAUUGAUUUCCCAAAUUCCUAAGUCUUUCUAUCACUACUCCUAAAUUUCUCUAUUCUACCAUUAAUUUGCCCAACGAUGUCACAUCCAGACACCUCUAGCUCAACUGCCCAGGCCUCGGAGAUCAUCGAGUCGGUAUCAUCACCUGGUGUCGUACAGGAUAGCCUGCGCGAUGCAAACGUCAAAGUACCUACGCAAGCGGAAUUGUCCACCGUAGAGUCAAAGUUAGCCACCGCACGCUCGAAGAAAGACACUGGUGAUGCUGCGUUCAAAGUAGGAGAUGUCAAGAGUGCAUUGCGAUCGUACCAUGAGACGCUUCUGUAUCUUCACGGCAUCGAUAAAAACGCCCUUAAAUCACUUGGAAUAGGUAGUCCAUCAUCUCCGUCGUCGAUAUCAGCAGUAGAUCAAGCUGCUGGUGCAAAAGACGUAACGACUGAGGCAGAUGUGAUUCUGGAGAAAGUAUACGCAAAUAUGUCCGCCUGUCAUAUCAAACAACAGAACUGGAAGCGGGCGGUGGACACCGCUGACAAGGCUCUCAGCAAAAACGCUGCUAAUUCUAAAGCACUUUUCCGAAAAGCAAAAGCUCUUGGAGAGCUUGGAUUUUUUGAGAAAGCAGAGAUGGCUCUCAACGAGAUCAAGAAGGUCGCUCCCAACGAGGCAUCCAUGGCUGACGCAGAGCUUGCGCGUCAGAAAAUGAUGGAUCGUGAACGGCAAAAGGUUCAUGAUCAGAAAAUGAGAGGCUGGCUUUCACGAGAGAAGAAGCAGGCUGCGAACGAGUAAAUGGUCGGGAGCGAGGACAUGUACAGCGAAAGCUGACGAUACCACGUGUAUAUUGUAAUUUUUUGAAGCAAUCAUGGUUUUUUACAGCUUAA